ACUUAUUAUUAUUAUUGUGAAUAAUUUAACAACAGCGAAAAUUUCAACAAAUCAAGGCACUCACAACAAUUUGACCAUAAUUAAAUAAAACAAAAAUCAAGACAAAUAUACAACAUAUUGCAGGCAAACAAACAAUUCAUGAAAAUAUUUCAAAAGCCGAAAUUUUUAAAAUAUCAAAAAGUUCUACUCCAGCAAUUCUGUUGAGCAAGAGCUCUGGCUGCGUAUUAAAACAAUCUGCUGAACAGCUGUUCCAUCAAUAAUUUGCUACAAAUAAAAAUGUUGAGGUUAGCGUAAUUAUAUAGUGCAAAGCAAAAAGUAACUUGCGAAAUGAGUAAAUUAUUACAUAUCUCCGUAAAUGCAACCGCUAAUAUUUUUCGUACAAACACCUGCCGUUUGCUACAUCGUACACCAUUUCUUUCACAAAACCUGAAGCAGCCGGUUACUCAUAAAGCAUUAUCACUGUUAAAUAAGCCUACAAUUCUAGUUAGAGCACCGGCACGUAAUCGUUCGUCGCCCGUUUUUGAUGUGAAUACAAAUGUUAGCAAGGAUGUGAUACUGUUCAAAUACGAGAAUCCUAAAUACUACAAUGUCUUGAACAUCUUUGGGUUUUGUCAAUUUGUGUUUUGGACUUAUCUGUCACAUUUUGCUUUCACAACACUUAAAGAUGCGCCCGUACAGGAAAUACCUGGUGAAGAGUUAGCUUGGUAUCAACAAAUAAAUUUGGGCGAAAACAAAUAUAGAAAUGGCAUAUCAACAAUCUGCUUCCUAAUAGGCUAUGGUAUUCUUUGUGCCACCUGGUUGUUCACUUUACGUUCGGUGCGUUACCUUAUACUCCGUAAAGGUGGAAAAGAUGUUGCUUUUGUUACCUAUGGUCCAUUUAAUAGAAAUCGUAUAAUGACAGUGCCACUGAAAUGUGUUUCUGCACAGGAAUCUCGUGAAACAGCACGCAACCAAUUGCCUAUCAAAGUGAAAAAUCGUACACUCUAUUAUGUGCUUGAUAUGCGUGGAGAGUUUCGAAAUCCUCAAUUAUUUGAUUAUACAGCAGGUUUGAAGCGGCGAGUUGAUUGAAAUAAAUUUACUCUGGUACUGUUAUUUCUUAGUUAAUGUAAAGUGUUUAUUUACUCAUAUUUAAGCCUUAAUUAUUAAAAAAAUAUUUAUGCAUAUUUCAAUUCUAUUUACUAAAAAUCUAGCUUAUCGAGGUACAGACAUCAUAUAGCCGUUAAAAUUAGUAGACGGGUUCUGGUUGUUGUGUGAUCAGCAACUUGAAACGUUUUUUGAUAGUCAAACGAUGACGUGAGUAUUUAUCUUCCGGCGAAAAACGUGCUGGGUGAGCAGAGAUUGUUGGAUGUCCAUCUUCAGUUCGUUUCUAAAAGAAAUAUUGAUGGCUUCAUUAAUAUAUUUAAUUUAAACUUAAGAAAAUUAAUUUUACCUUCAGUGUGUAAACGCGUUCUCCCUUUUCGUUUAAAGUAUACAUUAGAUACAUUUUGGUAUUAAAUUUUUAAUAAAACAAUUGAAAUAAAGCUUAUUGUUCACACGUGUUUUACACCGCUUUC